GUUUCAUGCAUUUUACUGGCCUGCUUUUUUGAUGGCUAUGGAGCUACCUUUACCUCAACGACUCUUUGUUCAUGGUCACUGGCUGGUUGAUAAUGCGAAGAUGUCAAAAAGCGUCGGUAACGUUGUCGACCCAUAUGAGGUCAUGGACUUAUAUACAGCUGAGGGGUUACGCUACUUCCUCUUGAAACAAGGAUUACCUCAUGGAGAUUCCAAUUUUUCCCGAGACAAAGUCAUUAACGUUAUCAACAGCGAUUUGGUGAACAACAUUGGUAACUUGCUCAGCAGAGCU